UUUUUAAAAAAUUAUUAAGAAGAAUAUUAAAAGCACUGAAAAAGUAUAAAUAAAAUCUUUAGAAAAAAAGCGAAGAUAUAUUGAGCGCCAAAUUAAGAGAUAGGAAGGAGCUGCAACAACAACUAAUUUCUAACAGAAGUGUGUUGUAAAGUACAACAAUUUCGGUUGUUUUUCAUUUAAUUUUCUGUUCGGAAAGAAAGAAAAAAAUUCUGUGCUGUCGAGCAGUUAAGACAGAAAAACCAAGUUUUCAUAGAGAAUUCUAACAGAAUAUAUGUGAAAAACGCCAUACGAGGAAAAUAUUUGAAUAUUUUACAAAAACAAAAAAUAUUGUGAAAAAAAUUCGAAUCUCAAGUGCUAAAAUCAAAAAGAAAAAUCAGAACUACUGAGCACAGGGCGAAUUACAUACAAUCACAACAAAAAAAUAUCUAAAAUUUAAAGCGUUAAAUAUUUUAUAGUGCAGCGUGCUGAAAAGAGUAAUAUAUUCUAACUUAAGGACUUAACUAUUAAAAGGAAUAAUAGCAGCAGCAAAGGCUAGAAAAGCGAACAAAAAUAAGAACAAAUCGAAAACAAUAUAUAUUAAUCGAGUCCGAAGAAAGCAAGAGCAUCAACAAAAAUGUCUGAUCGUAAAGCUGUCAUUAAAAAUGCUGAUAUGAGUGAAGAAAUGCAGCAGGAUGCAGUAGAUUGUGCGACACAGGCUUUGGAAAAAUAUAAUAUUGAGAAGGAUAUUGCUGCCUUUAUUAAGAAAGAAUUCGAUAAAAAAUACAAUCCAACAUGGCACUGUAUUGUGGGCAGAAAUUUUGGAUCCUAUGUCACACACGAAACACGUCAUUUUAUUUACUUCUAUUUAGGCCAAGUGGCAAUUUUAUUAUUUAAGAGCGGUUAAAUAAUAAUCAUAACAAUUA